AUGAGCAGUGGCGGCACGGGGACACCGUCGUGCUACAGAGGGGUGAGGAAGAGGAAAUGGGGGAAAUGGGUGUCGGAGAUCCGCGAGCCGGGGACGAAGACGAGGAUAUGGCUGGGGAGCUUCGACACGCCGGAGAUGGCAGCCACGGCGUAUGACGUGGCGGCUCUGCAUUUCAGGGGGCGGGAAGCCAAGCUGAACUUCCCCGAGACGGCCCAUUACCUGCCCCAGCCCGCGAGCUCUAGCCCAGAUGAUAUUCGGGCCGCGGCCCAUGAGGGAGCGGUCCGGGCUGGGCCGGUGGAUGCCGGUGGAGGUUCGGGUUCCGGUGGCGGUGGUGGGGAAGAGAAUGCCGGUCCCGUGACGGUGGCGCUGUCGCCGAGCGAAAUUCAGGCGAUCAAUGAGUAUCCCAUGGACUCGCCGAGGAUGUGGUCGUCGAUGGACUAUACCGCGCCGUCGUCAAUGGGGUAUACUGCGCCGUCGAUCGACUACACGGCGCCGAUGGAGUAUACCGCGGCGUCGUCGGCGGAUUAUACGGCGCCGUCUUCGUCGUCAUACAACAUGGGCCAAUAUGGAUGGGGGGACGAUUAUGGAUAUGGCGGCGGGCAAAGUGAUUCUCUUUGGGAUUAA